AUGAUUGGAAGUGACUACACGCUGGAAUUGUGCAAUGUUUUCCAUUCUGGACAAGUGGAACCUGGCAACUUCUUCCAACGGCUCACGGGAGGGGUGAAGACCGGUAUCAUCUUAAAAGAUGUGUCCAUGCUCACCCACAGCGGGGAGGUCACUGCCAUCCUCGGCUCCAAAGGUAGUGGGAAGCGGGCCCUUCUGGACGUGAUCGCCCGUCGGGUGCCCAGCAAGGGUCACAUCCUUCUGGACGGGGCGCCGUUAGAAGAGGACCACUUCAGGAACACCUGCGCCUUAGUCAGACACUCCACGAAACUCCUGCCUGGUCUCAGUGUACAGCAAACGCUAUCUCUUUCACUCACCAAGAUCUCUGGGUACCUGAAGUCGUCUAAAGUUAAGCAAGUAAUGGCUGAUCUUGCUCUAUCGCAGGUCGCUCACAAAUGCGUAACGACUCUAUCGAAAAGCGAAUAUCGAAGACUGGUGAUCGGAGUCCAGCUUAUACGCGAUCCAAUAAUCUUGUUGCUCGACGAGCCGACGUGGGAUUUGGACCCCCUGAACACUUAUUUGGUUAUUUCGAUAUUAUCGAACGCGGCGAAAAAAUACGGGACAACUAUCAUACUCACCAUGGAGAAGCCGAGAUCAGACGUAUUCCCGUUCCUCGACCGAGUCGUAUACUUGUGCUUGGGUGACGUAGUUUACGCUGGACCUACCCGCAACCUGUUGGAGUACUUCGGCAGCAUUGGCUUCCCGUGCCCGCAGUUAGAGAACCCCUUGAUGUACUAUUUAUGCCUAUCAACGGUGGACAGGAGAUCUCGGGAGCGCUUCAUCGAAUCCAACCACCAGAUCGCCGCUUUGGUCGAGAAAUUCAAACUUGAGGGGCAGGGGAUCAUGCAGGGCAAUAUGACAGAGCACAGCCGAAUCAUAAACCCCAAUAAGAUACAAAUGAACUACGGCAAGCCUGGAGGGAUGAAAGUUAUCUGGAUGCUAUACCUGAGAAUUCUUGUUUCAAUUUUCAAUCUGAAAAAGAAUGGAUUAAAACAGAUGUCGAUGAGGCUUCUUUCGUUGCCAAUAUAUUUCUUAAUUUUAUGGAUAUUCUACAACGAAGCUCAGGAUUUCCAAAGAGCUUUCAUAACGAAAAGUGGGCUGAUUUUUAAUGCUAUAACUGGUACCUACUUUAUCAGUAUUAUGAACACAAUAUGUCUUUAUGGCCCAUACAGAACACGAUAUUAUCAGGAGUCUCAGGAGGGUCUUUACAGCGGUGCCAGUUUGCUGCUAUCCUGGAAUCUGGUCUCCGUACCGUUCUCGUUUAUCACGACGUUCCUAUCCGCGGCAAUUAUUUAUCCGAUCCUGGGCGAUAUUACGGAGGGAUUGGACUACAUUUACUUCGCUCUGAUACUGUGGUCGUGUUACAUAUACGCGGAACAGCAGACCAUCGCCAUCAUGAUGUUCGUGAAGAACGGUCUGAUUGCCGCCAUUGUAAACAUCUACAUCACAUGUGUCUACGUCAUGCUCGCCAGCGGAGUUCUCAGGUCUUACAAGGGCCUCGAGGAGUGGCUCUUCUACCUGACGUACAUAACGCACACGCGCUACGCGUCCAUCUUCGUGCACAGGGGCGUGUUCAAGCAGCCCACCUUCAACAUUAUGCCGUACAGCGUCACGGAGAACUGCACCGCGAUCACCAGCCUGAUACAGACCUCGUCCAACCUUAACGCAAAUUCAAACUCAGACUGCCGCUACCCCAGCGGCAAGGCGUUCCUCACUGAGCGCUACACGCCCAAAAACUUCGCCGGCGACGUCUACCAGGCCGGCGAUUUCAACCCGGAAUUCAACCUAGGCGUCUCGUUCGCCUUCUCGCUCGGCAUAAUGGUCUUCAACAAGUUCCUCUAUCUGGUGCCGCUGCCGGGCUACGUAACGGACAAGUUCAGGGAG